UUUCUCAUAGAAGGCAUUCUCAUCUUAUGCACCGGCGUCUGGUCACGGUUCAUGAUGGCGCCGUCCCCGACGCAAGCAAAGGCGUGGUAUCGUCCGAAAGGCUGGCUGAUUCACAGAGCGGGAAGAGAAGAUCCUCGUCAACCGUAUUCUGCGCGAUGACCCCGCCAAGGGGGAUAUGCAGAACCGACAGGCCAUCACACUAAAGAUGCUGUGGCAGUCGAUAUGUGACUGGCACCUUUGGCCUAUCUAUGCCCUUGGUUUGACCUUCGGGAUAACUGCUCGACCCCCUGGAGUAUCUAACACUCAGUCUACGGCAGCUGGGCUUUGAUACAUUCCAAUCUCACCUUCUAAGCAUCCCAGCCCAGGUGGGCACCACGGCAAAUAUGUUAAUAUUGACUUGGCUUUCCGAGGUCCUCGAUCAAAGAGCCCUCCUCGGUCUCUUCACGCAGAUUUGGUUUCUUCCCUGUCUGGUAUCACUCUCGGUAUUACCCGCGGAUAUCAACAGAUGGGCCAUGUAUGCUCUCAUCACUGUUUUGCUCUCUUACCCUUCACCACAUCCCAUGCAUGUUGGAUGGGCUAGUCUUAGGUGAAAAGCAAGAAAUUUGAUAUCAGUAUCUGGCC